AUGAGGGGCGGUGGCGGUGGGGGGACGACGGCGGUGGGAUGGCGACGGCGGCGACUGUCAUUGUUACACUGGUUUUUGAUCUCCAGCUCAGCUUUGACAACUGGGCUUGGCUUGUUCAUUCUUAUUGUUAGAUCCGCUGCGAUAGACGCCCAGGAUUAUUCCUCCACCACUCUUGUCCAUCUGCACCACCACCACCGUCGGGAAGUAGUUGUACAAGCAACGCCGGAUAGAAACAACCCAGAACAAGAAAUUGACAUUGCACUGAAUUCAGAAGACGAGGCGGCGGAGGAAGCGAGGGGGGCUGAUGUUGAUAAUUCCGGUGAUGAGAAGAAGAAGAACCGGAAAGGAUGCGCAACCGUUGAGGAGAUGGGUGAAAUUUUCAAGAAAGGAUUUCGGGACGAGAGUCUUCGAGCCAGGCAAAUUAUUCACCAUCACUUUUCUUUACAUGGUGCUCCAAGAGUCCGAUCUUUGCCUCCAAAGGAGUUCUGUGAGCAUGGUUUUGUGCUGGCAAAAGCUUCGGAAGCAGGUUUUGGUAAUGAAAUGUACAAGAUAUUAACUGCGGCGGCAUUAAGUGUGAUGUUAAACCGAUCUCUGAUAAUUGGGCAAACCAGAGGUAAAUAUCCUUUUGGGGAGUAUAUUUUGUAUUCGAACCUUUCCUUUACUUUGAAUGAAGUCAAGCACCUUUGGAGAAUGAAUCAUUGCGCGACAAAAUAUGGACGACAUCUGGUUAUGAGGAUUGAUGAUUUCCAGAAGCCAGCUCGGACAGAGGUUUUAUGUGGAAAUUGGAAGGAAUGGGGCCAACCUAUAAUAUGGUUCCAGAACACUACAGAUGCCGUGGCAGCUCAGUUUUUCUUAAAGAAUAUCCAUCCACAAAUGAGGAAGACUGCAUCUGAUCUCUUUGGAACUCCGGAAAAUCUGCAAUACAGGCCCAAUGUCUUUGGAGAGCUGAUGAGAGUACUCAUAUCUCCAUCACAAACUGUUGAACGUGCUGUCAGCUGGGCUCUUGGUGGCAGACAUAAUCCAGAUAUUGUACUGCACAUGAGGAUGCUCAUGAAUAGGUCUGUGAGGGCAGUUCAGGCAGCUCUGCAAUGCAUUAGGAAAAGUGCAGCCAAACUAUCUUCCAGACCCAUCAUAGUCGUGGUUUCUGAUACCCCUUCUCUACUUGAAGAUAUCAAACCAAAACUUGUGGAAUUUUCUGAAGUGAUUCACUUUGAUUUUGAGCAUUUUGAAGGGAACAUUACUGAGAAAAAGGGCAGGCUUAAUAGCAACUUGAAUUUUAGGGCGAAGGAUUGGGGUCCAGCACCCAGGUGGGUUGCAUUUGUAGAUUUCUUUCUGGCAUCACGUGCAAAACAUGCAGUGAUUACCGGGGCACAGAGACGUGUGGGGACAACUUAUGCUCAGCUGAUUGCAGCAUUGGCUGCUGCUUAUCAACUGGCAGAUAAUUCCUCGGCCGGUUCUGAUUUCACGUACCUUAGUAGCUUCCAAAGUAAUUUGCUUUCGGAAGGUUUGAAGAACCAAAUUGGAUGGGGCCAUGUGUGGAACAGAUUCGCUGGUCCAUUGAGUUGCAGUGAGCAGACGAAUCAAUGUGCUUUCACCCCAGUUCUACCUCCAGCAUGGUGGGAUGGUCUAUGGCAAUCCCCAACCCCACGUGAUGUCCGCCGGAUGGAAGCCUACGGCAUUCGACUAUCCCAGCUGGGAACAGUGGACGAGGACUACUUGCAUUCAUUUUGCGUUUCGAAUAAAAAAAAGACCACUACGCUGACAGUCACCCUAAUAUGA